AACUGACACCCAUGUGUCAAUAUGUAUUACUGAAUAUGAGAUGAUGUCUUAGCGUGUGAAAAUUAGAGCAUUUGUCGGGAAAACAGUGCUAUGGUUCAUGCACAAGAGAGCCACGUAAAAAAAAUCUGUAUUUAUUUUUUAAAUAUUUUAUCAGGGUGGAUUUUUUUCUUUAAAUGAGUGGUUUUGCAGAGAGAACGCGAAUAUUUAAGAUAAAAGAAUAGUAUAGCAGGGAAGUCAUAUGGUGGUAUACACGCGCUCCCAUUGGCUGGAGAGGGGGGGCGAGGGCGUGGCCAGAGCGGCGCGUGGGUUCGCUUGGGUGACACAAUUAUAACAACUUUAUCUUCGCGGCCGAAACGCGUUUUAUUUGUCAAAUACUCACAUCUUGGAUAUUGUACUCAGUUAUUUGCAUUCAAAUAGCUGCACGAUACCACUUUGUGAUGAAAAAUGUGACGUUUGAGGAGCUACCCGGAGAGCGCUUCUGUCCCCCCCGAAAGGAUUUACUACAUCGAAUCGUAUCUUUUCAUCCCGGAGAAAAGUUUUUGAUCGUUUCGCUCCCUUCAGUUUUCCUUCUUUGAUUUGGCGGAGCGAUCCGUUCGUCCCCGCGUCGCGAUUUUCCAUGCAAUCGUGCGGUGUGUCUCUCGCCGCUGCUGCCUGCGCUGCUGCUCGGAGUCUCGGCUCGGCUUCUUCUAGUGGUGAUGAGGGAAAGAAAAUGGCGGCGGGAAAAGCGAGUGAAACAGAGGAGGACUUUCCGACACUGACAGCCGAGGAGAGGGAUAGUUUGGCUGGGAUCGACAGCUCACUGUUUGGAUUUCAGAAGCUUCAUGAAGAUGGCGCCAGAACGAAGGCCCUGUUGAUGAAGGCUGUUCGGUGCUACGAUUCACUCAUCCUUAAGGCCGAGGGCAAAGUGGACCCUGAGUUAUUCUGCCAGCUGGGCCACUUCAACCUCCUCUUGGAGGAUUAUCCGAAAGCAUUAUCAGCAUACCAGAGGUACUACAGUUUACAGUCAGACUACUGGAAGAAUGCCGCCUUUCUGUAUGGCCUCGGAAUGGUCUACUUCCACUAUAAUGCCUUUCAGUGGGCGAUCAAAGCAUUCCAGGAGGUGCUGUACAUUGACCCGGGGUUCUCCCGGGCUAAGGAGAUCCACCUGCGCCUAGGUCUCAUGUUCAAGGUCAACACAGACUACGAGUCAAGCCUAAAGCAUUUUCAGCUGGCUUUGAUUGACUCCAACCCCUGCACUUUGUCCAAAGCUGAAAUUCAGUUCCACAUUGCUCAUCUGUAUGAGAUUCAGAAGAAAUACCGGGCUUCCAAGGAGGCUUAUGAGAGCCUUCUGCAGACAGAAGAUCUUCCUGUGCAGGUGAAGGCCACUACCCUGCAGCAGUUAGGCUGGAUGCAUCACACGGUGGAGCAGCUCGGGGACAGAGCAAGCAGGGACAGCUAUGCCAUCCAGUGUCUGCAGAAGUCUCUGGAGGCCGACCCCAACUCUGGACAGUCCUGGUACUUCCUUGGCAGGUGCUACUCAAGUAUUGGGAAAGUCCAGGAUGCCUUCAUGUCUUAUCGGCAAUCCAUAGACAAAUCAGAGGCCAAUGCAGACACCUGGUGCUCAAUAGGGGUGUUGUAUCAGCAGCAGAACCAGCCCAUGGACGCUCUGCAGGCGUACAUCUGCGCCGUGCAGCUGGACCACAGCCACGCCGCUGCCUGGAUGGACCUGGGCACACUGUACGAGUCCUGCAACCAGCCGCACGACGCCAUCAAGUGCUACAUCAAUGCCACUCGCAGCAAGGGCUGCACCAACACCGCUGCGCUAACCCACCGCAUCAAAUGCCUGCAGGCUUGCAAGCCCAAUCACAGUGCAGAGGGCGGAGGCUCGGGUCAGUCUCUGCCUCCUCACGUGGGCUCGCUUGGCCAAGCGGACGACCAGUCCUGCCCAGCCAAGAGGAGGAAAGCCUCUGGUCCUGCCAAGGGUGAUUCAUGGGCCAGUAAUCCAGCACAGCCAGUCCCCAACUGGUACCUCUCACCACAGAAAUUACAGAUGUUGGAACAGUUACGGAGUAAUCGGGCCAACUUGAAGCCGCCGCAGCUCCAGAUGUUGGAGCAGCUGGAGGCUCAGCUCGCCAUAAUGCAGCAGCACCAGCACCAGAUGAGACAGAGCGCCUCAGGAGGUCAGGUGCGCCCAUCUCUUCCCAACGGCCCCACUCAACUCCCUCCCUCCCCCAACCCCAGCCUGCACCCCAUGCGGCCCCACCUGGGACCCCACCGGCCACCGUGUCCGCCUCAGCCACUGGCCAACGGGCCCGUGGGCUCCGCGCCGCACGGACACUCGGACCCGCUCCCCGCGGGUGACAGUAGUAACAGUAGUAAUAGUAGUAGUAGUAAUAAUAAUCAGCCAGGGCCCGCGCCCACAGGACCCAACGGAGACGUGCCUUACCUGCAACCUGCCGGCAGCGGCAGCGCAGCACUGCUACCUCACACCUGCACAAACACGCAAACACAGGACGCCAUGCCGCGCCAGGCCCUGCACCUAAACUCCUCUCAGGGGCUUCAGAAGGGGUCUGUUCCACAUGGCUCCAGCAGUGAGGGGACCCUCUCUCACCCCGAGACCCCCAACUCCACCACCCUCGCGCACCCCAACAAUCAGGUUGGACAUUCCACUAAUGCCCCGUCGCCGCGGCCUCAUAACCACCUCCCGUCCCCGCCCUCCCUCCCCCACUCCUCUACCUCAGGUGGAGCAGGACCCAGUGUGUCCGCUACCAAAGAUGGCAACGCCACAGCCGCGUCCCUCGGCAACGGGAACUCUGAGGUCAAGACACCGUCGCCGCUGCCAUCAGCUGAUGGCAAAGCAGCGCAGGGGGACGGCCUAGCCAAUCACAUCCACUCGGAUGGCGGCAAAGUGGUAGAAGGCGGCGACAAGCCGAGCCUUAGCGCAGACAAUCCUAGGCUAUCUGCCCUGCUGGCAGGGGGGAAGGGUCCAGAGGAGAGCGAGGGGCCGUCAGAAGGGACUGCAUCCACAGCAUCCACGACCUCGGAUUCUCACAAGAAAAUCAACAACAUCCACCCGGCCGUCCUGCCCUCCACCCCCCAUGCACAGGGCAGCUCAGCUGCCUCCUCACCCAUCUCUGCCAUAUCCACCGCCACACCUUCGCCCAAAUCCUCAGAGCACACCCAGACAGGUGGCCACAGUCCUGCCGCCACCGCGGCCACUGCACCCGCCGUCAACGGCAACAGCAAAGGAGGAAUUUCCGAGGACUCCCAGAGCCCGCUGAAGGCUGAGCCGCCUGCCGUCACCAGUCUCAAAGCUACGCCUCCGCAUGGGCACAGCUCCUCCUCCUCGUCAUCGUCAUCUUCGAUAUCCAUCUACCCCAGCUCCACAGACGUGCUGAAGGCCUGCAGAAACCUGGGGAAGAACGGUCUGUCCAACAGCAGCAUCCUCCUGGAUAAGUGCCCCCCGCCACGCCUGCCACCUCCACCCUCACCAGCCCUGCCCAAAGACAAGCUCAACCCUCCCACACCUAGCAUCUACCUGGAGAACAAGAGAGAUGCUUUCUUCCCCCCGCUGCACCAGUUCUGCACAAACCCCUCCAACCCCGUCACUGUCAUUCGAGGACUGGCCGGAGCUCUCAAACUGGACUUGGGUCUGUUUUCCACAAAGACGUUGGUCGAGGCCAAUCCAGAGCACCUGGUGGAGGUCUGGACUCAGCUCUCCCAGCCCGCCGAUGAGAACUGGGAUCCGACCGGCACCAAGAAAAUGUGGCGCUGUGAGAGCGCCCGCUCCCAAACCACCAUCGCCAAAUACGCCCAGUAUCAGGCCGCCUCCUUCCAAGAGUCCCUGCGGGAGGAGAAUGAAAAGAAGGCACUAAAGGAGCCCUCAGACACAGAGCCAGCGUCAGCAGAGAGUGCUGCCCGCAAAAGAAGGGGACCUUUGAAAUACAUCAAGUUUGGAACCAACAUCGACGUGUCGGACGAACGGAAGUGGAAACAGCAGCUCCAGGAGCUCAGCAAACUCCCAGCCUUCGCUCGAGUGGUUUCUGCCGGCAACCUGCUCAGUCACGUGGGUCACACCAUCAUGGGUAUGAACACAGUCCAGCUCUACAUGAAGGUGCCUGGGAGCCGGAUACCAGGUCAUCAGGAACACAAUAACUUCUGUGCCGUCAACAUCAACAUUGGACCAGGAGACUGUGAAUGGUUUGCAGUACCGGAGCCCUACUGGGGAGUGAUGAGCAACUUCUGUGAAAAGAACAACAUCAACUUCCUGAUGGGCUCGUGGUGGCCUAACCUGGAGGACCUGUACGAGGCCGACGUGCCCGUCUACCGCUUCAUCCAGCGCCCGGGCGACUUGGUGUGGCUCAACACUGGCACAGUGCACUGGGUGCAGGCUAUUGGCUGGUGCAAUAACAUCGCCUGGAACGUGGGACCUCUUACUGCCCACCAGUACAAGCUGGCUGUGGAGCGAUACGAGUGGAAUAAGCUCCAGAGCGUCAAGUCCAUGGUUCCCAUGGUGCACCUCUCCUGGAACAUGGCGCGCAACAUUAAAGUCUCCGACCACAAGCUGUUCGAGAUGAUCAAGUACUGCUUGCUGCGGACGUUGAAGCAGUGUCAGUGGGUGAAGGAAGCCUUGGCGGCAGCCGGCAAGGAAACGGUGCUGAGGCCGAGGACCAGGGACGAGCCGGCCCACUACUGCACCAUCUGUGAGGUGGAAGUGUUCAACCUGCUGUUUGUGCGCCGCGAGCUCCUGUCCAAGAAGCAGUGCGUGGUCCACUGCCAGGAUUGUGCCCGAAAAGGCAGCGCCGCACUGGACGACUUCGUGGUGCUGGAGCAGUACAGGAUGGAGGACCUGAUGCAGGUCUACGACCAGUUCACAUUAGCCCCUCCUCUUCAUUCAUCUUCGUCUUGACAUUAGGCGACUCCUCUUCUUCUGCUGUGGAGCCAUGAAGCCCAUUUACAGGAACUUGUACUGAGAUCUAAAAAAACUGAAAGAACAAACAUACACGGACCAUUUCUGAUAUUCAGGAAAGCCAAGGCCGACUCUACCCGACCCCCCCCCCCCCAUCACCACCACCACCACCCACCCUCUCUGCCGCCCCUUCUGUAUGGCUGGUCUCCAUAGCGACGGCUGGAGGCUGAGGCGGCGGAGCGUGUCUGUCUAUGCAACCCCUGUACAAAGAGCCCGGCGAAAGGCCUUCCACAAGAGGGCGCCACACCGAGCUCCAUAACAGGACUCUUGUUUUCUCUCUUUCCCCCCUCCUCCUGUUCUCCGCCUUGCCAGGCCACCCACCCACCUCUCCUCCCUCCCCACUCCUCCUCUAGAGACAAUGGUUCAGCCCUGUUUUAAUUGAGGACUUAAUCAGAUGAUUGGGAACAGGGAGGGGAAGGUGGGGUGGGGGGGACAAGGAGCAGGGGUGUUUUGUAGAUACUUGUUAACUCUCCCAACUGGCAACACCACCCGUAAAAGACUACUGACUUGACAACCCGUCUUUCUCUCUCUCUCUCUCUCCUUGUUUUCUAUUCCGAUGACUGGAUGAUUUUUUUUUUCCUUUUUUUUUUUUUUUUCCUUUUUUUUGUGUGUGUAGAAUUUCCCCCUCCCAUUCCAAAAAAGAAAUUUCUUCAGUCCACCCUCCUCCUCCUCCUCCUCCUCCCCCUUUAAGGAGCACUAGACUAACUGGUCUUUUUCUAUGGUAGAUAGUAAUUUUAAGAGUUUGGAAAAGCAGAAUUCUCCCUACCUGACCCCCACCCACC